AAUCUAAAUGUCAAUGUCAUGACAUCUGCCAAAGUAACCCUCCCCCGUCGCCCCCCUGCCCCUGUCUUUCUCUCUGAAAAGUCCGAUACCAUGGCGGCCGGGGUACUUUUCACUUAUCCGGAAAACUUCCGUGCCUAUAAGGCGUUAAUCGCCGCAAAGUACUCUGGGGCCGAUCUGAAAGUAUCGCCCAAUUUUGUGUUCGGCGAAACUAAUAAGACCGAGGGAUUCCUCAAGAAGUUCCCGGCCGGAAAAGUGCCGGCUUACGAAAGUGCUGACGGCAAAGUCCUUCUGACGGAGAGCAACGCUAUAGCUUACUAUGUGGCAAACGCAGCUCUCCGAGGCUCUGAUGUGGCAACUCAAGCGGCUAUCUACCAGUGGGCAUCUUGGGCAGACAGUGAGCUGCUGCCGGCCUCAUGUGCCUGGGUUUUCCCCUUCCUGGGCAUUAUGCAAUUCAAUAAAGUGAAUGUGGAGCGUGCAAAAAAUGACCUGCUUGCAGCCCUAAAGGUGCUGGAUGGACACCUGCUCACACGCACCUUCCUGGUCACCGAGCGUAUCACUCUGGCUGACAUAAUUGUCUUCACUACACUGCUUCAUGCUUUCCAGAAUGUUUUGGAUCCCAGCCUGCGGUCAUCACUUGUGAAUGUCCAGCGUUGGUUCCUCACAUUGGCAAACCAGCCGCAGGUGUCGUCUGUUGUGGGCGCUGUAGCUUUAUGCCAGGCCCCGCCCACUUACGAUCCUAAGAAGUACCAGGAGCUCACGCAGAACAAGAAGGAGGGUGGCAAGAAAGAAAAAAAGGUAGAGAAGAAGGAGCAGCCCAAGAAACAAGAAAAGGAAGAGCCAGAAUUAGAUGAUGAUCUAGAGGAGAAACCUAAAGAAUCAAAAGACCCCUUUGAUAGCAUGCCUAAGGGUACAUUCAACAUGGACGACUUCAAGCGGAGCUAUUCCAAUGAGGAUGAGUCUGUGUCCAUCCCUUACUUCUGGCAGAAGUUUGACCCUGAGAAUUACUCCAUCUGGUUUGCAGAGUACAAGUAUCCCCAGGAGCUCUCCAAAGUGUUCAUGAGUUGCAAUCUCAUAACUGGCAUGUUCCAGCGACUGGACAAGAUGCGCAAGCAGGCCUUCGCGUCCGUGUGCCUGUUCGGCGCCGACGACGACUCCACCAUCUCCGGCGUGUGGGUGUGGCGCGGCCAGCAGCUGGCCUUCCCGCUGUCGCCCGACUGGCAGAUUGACUACGAGUCAUACGACUGGAAGAAGCUGGACCCCAGCAGCGAAGAGACCAAGAAACUAGUCAAAGACUACUUCUCCUGGACCGGCACCGACUCGCAGGGCCGCAAGUUCAACCAGGGCAAGAUCUUCAAGUGAUCGCCCUUGCUUAAGAAUAACAUUUUGAUACACACUAUUAUAUACGAAGAAUCAUUUGUCAUAAGCAGUUUAGAGCGGCCGCAAACCACCCGUUUAUAUAAACUCGAGGGCAAAAAGGUCGAAUCUUGCUUUCGCAUCUCUUUGCACUUGGGUAUUAGGACGCCAUAUAUACGAGUGCAACACAAGUCCGUCGACUUUGAAAUAUUAUAUUCUUGUAACAAAACGUAAUGUAAAGUCAACUCUUAUUUGUCUCUGCCAGCGCCCGCACAGGUACUGCAACUCAUUAAAUUGUUUUUUAUUUAUAA